GUCACUGCGGCACAACCGCGCGCGCCGCUGGCGUGCUGGCGGAGAUAGGUGGGCCCCAGUUCGACGCCGAGAGGAAUCUGGAAGCCCUCGCUUUGAGGAAGAAAAGGGAGGGUGAGGUUGAAAAGGGCUUUGAUGGGUGGAGGAGAACGAGGAGGUUGGUGGCGGUGAAUUGGGGAAAGGUGGGAGCUUUGAUGGGAAUGAGGAGAGGGUUUGGUGGAGGAUGCCAUUGGAGGUGCUGAAGCUGUGGGUUUCAAGGGCAAGGCCUGUGUGGUCGAUCUCCAUCAUGGCGGCCAUUGUUGGGUUUGUGAUGCUGGGAAGGAGAUUGUACAAGAUGAAGCAGAAGGGGAGGAUCAUCCCUCUGAAGAUCGCCAUUGAUGACAAGGGGAAAAUGCAGAAAUAUUCACUUCCAGCUCAAAGUGGUAGCAAAAAACCUGAGCCCAAACAGGUAGCAAUGGCUGCAAAGAAUGAGCUUAAACAGAGAAAAAAAAUGCACAAGAAGAAGAAAAAAACUGGGAGCACGUUGCUGGUGCUGGGCACAGGGAGCUGUGAUGUUUUGGCUAUUGAUGUUGCAUUGUGUCGGUUGAAGUGGAAAGUCAGUGAUUGUUAUCCUGGGUUUGUUUUUCUAUCCAUAAUUUUCACUGGUUGUAGUUUCUUGUUCUAAUGACAUUUGGAUGAAUUGAUAGCAAACUGAAACUAUGAGUAGUAUGAAACCAACAAUUAUAUUUACAGGGUUAAUUUGUUUGUGGUUU